AUGCCCAAACCGCUGGCCACAGACGCACCAGCGGCGUGCCAGUCACCUCCAUCUCUGCCCAACGGCGACGUGGUUUACAGUUCUCUGCUGGUUGGAAGUGUCGCCAACUACAGCUGUAACGACGACUACAUAUUUUGUGGACUCAGUUUGUCAAGUGUAUGUGACCUCUCUGGAUCGUGGAAUGGACUUAACGGUUCCUGUGAGCGAGUUGCAUUCUACAACGUGACGCCACCGUUUAAAAUGUCGAUUCCUGGAGAAAUUCGUGUUGGGUGGAAGGCAGAAGUCUUGGGAACGCCCCUCAAUGUGUCCAGAAUAGCAUUGAAUUUGCUCUAUGCAGCUGAUAUCGUUCUGAGAAUCGGUAUCCGCUUCGACUACCACAACGACAUCAACACAGUCGUGUUCAGCUCCAUCAUAGCGAACAAGUGGGUCGCGAUACACAGUUAUAAAACAGCUUUCCCAUUCGCCAUAGGACGACGGUUUAACCUGACAAUCCUGAUGAAAAAUUCUGAAUUUGAAGUAUACGUGGAUGAAGUAGUUGUAGCUGCCCGUGCGUCUAACGUUAGCAUCACCCUGAUAGAUGCAUUUCAAGUUGGACCAGGCUGCGUCGUUGAUUCAGUUAAAUUCUUCAACUGAUAUUUAUGUAUUUGCUUUAGUAACUAGCGAGAAGAAGCUAGCUUUAUGUUCACAUUCAUAAAUACGAAUUACCCUACGUCAAACGGUGAGACGUAACCCAGUCGUAAAGCACUUGCCUGAUGCACGAUCGGUCUAGGAUCGAUCCCCGUCGGUGGGCAAUUUGGGCUAUUUCUCGUUCAACCCAGUGCAUCAUGACUGGUAUAUCA